AUGGCCCCGAAGAGUGAAACGCGGCCACCUCUUGCGGACAACAUCGGCCCACGGUACUCCAUGCUGGACUGGGCAUUCGACAAGGGUCAUCGUGCUCGGUUCAUAGAGAACGGAGAGAUGCUCCAGGCACUGCGCAUGAGGGGUCACGGGGUUCAUGGGCAUAUGGACUACGACGAGCGCUACGCGCCGUUCUUCAAGAGAGCCCGUCUGUUGGGUUUUGUGUUGCAGUUCAAGCGUCAGCCACCGAUGCUUGUCCACGCAGCUCUGACGGCGUUGAUUGACCGGUGGCGACCGAAGACCCAUUCUUUCCAUCUGCCAUGCGGGGAGAUGACGGUGACCCUCGAGGAUUGGGCGAUGAUUACUGCCAUGCCGAUCGAGGGUCAUGCACUCACCGGGCGAGUGGAGAGGACCAACUGGCAGCAGAGGGUUGCAGCCUUCAUCGGCGACUGCCCUGCUAUCAAGGGUAACCGUACAUCCGGUGUGCCAUUGACCUGGCUCUCGGAGCACCGGCAGAAAUGCCCCGAAGGCACCGACGAGACGACUGUGGAGUGGUACGCGAGGGCCUACCUGUGGUAUCUUCUCAUGGAGGUCGUGUUUCCAGACAGCUCCGGGAACUCUGCCAACCGGUCGUAUCUCUUCUUCCUAGCGGACUGGGAGGCAGGGUACAGUUGGGGGACCGCAUCUCUCGCCUACCUAUACCGUUCGCUUGACGACGCAACGCAGAGGACGGGAGACAAGUCCAAUAUGGGUGGCUUUGUCUGGGCCUUCUCCAUUUGGAUGUGGGAGCGGCUGCCGGUGGGGCGUCCGGAGAAGUUGCCAAGACGCCCAUGGGGUGCUUAUAGCAAAGACGGCGACGAGACUCGACACCCCACCGUAGCUUACGAGUGGGACGUUGUCAAACUCUACACGGGCCUAAACAAGACUUCGUACAAGACCUACACCAAGGAGUUGGACGCUUUGACGCAUACGCAGGUAAACUGGUGGUUGUAUCAUGACCGAGAGUGGGACUUUGAUCUGAACGUGAUGUGCGAUGCGGACCGUGGUCUCUGGCGGUGCAUUGUGCCCAUGAUCUGUGUGUACGCCGUCGAGUGGCACUUGCCACACCGCGUGGCCACGCAGUUUGGGAUUUAUCAGCAUACCCCGCCGGGCCAGCCCACCGAUACCGGCAGCCACGUGCUCCACCUGAUGAGCCGGCAGAAGAAUCAGUCGAUCAUAGACUGGGGAGAGGAGCAUAAAACUCAUGUGACGGAGUGGAACCGACGGAGGUACCGUAAAGACGUGGAGAGGAAAGCCACACAGGACCUCAUCGGCUCAUCGAGCCAUGCUCCCUCGUCAUCUAGGUUGGUUGGGGAGGACGAGGAGGAGGCCACACAUGAAGAAGGGGAGGAGGAGGAGAGCAACGGGGAGGAGGAGUACGAUGAAGAGUAUGGACCUCCACCAACUCAAACAUCUCAAGCAUCUCAGCUGCCGAAGAGGAAUCCGAAGAAGAAGAAUUUGUUGAGUCCGGACCCUUUCCAGAGACCGAAGCUUUACACUGGAAAAACACAGGACCGACCUGGCGGUAGGGUCACACAGCCUACCGCCUGCCCCCAUGGCGAUAGGGUGAACCUACCGCCAGGUCCAUUGCACAUUUCGUUACAGAAGGUUGCGGCAAAACCCUGCCACACCCUACCGCCAGGGGAUCUGGCGGUAGGGUUAGACAGGCUGCCGCCAGCCCCCCUGGCGGUGUGCCCUACACCCUCAUUCCUCCGUUAUCCGUUCCUCUCGCGUGCUGACACCUGGCAAGCACACCUCAAAACACAGAAACCGUCCUAUACUACUAUUCCCGACCUUGCUGGCACCGACCAUCCGUGGACGGACAGGGCAGAUAAGCACACCACUUAUGGCCUCUCCAGAAUCCAGCCAAUGCCAUCAGCGCACAAGAAGAAGAGAGGCGUCGAUCCUGGUUCACCUGCGAGUGGAUUCUUCGUUGGAUUCUGCCUUGGUCGCCGUGGAUCGGCCAUGUUCGUCAAGAAGCUCGUGGAGAAGGCCUCCAAGAAGAUACUGCUACUACUGCGUGCUCAUUUCGAUGUGACCGGCCAUGUGCUUGGCCGGCUGAGCUCAUGGGCCGGGAGAUCAGGACAUACUGACACGUACAUGGCCUUACAUAAGUACAUUACGAAGAACAAAAAAAAAAGAGCUCCCGGCGAGGAUCGAACUCGCGGCCUUUCGCUUACGAAGCUGCUCCAGUCCCCCUCCCCCAUCCCCUCCAAGUUCCUGCAGUUCGCCGAUGGCCAAGGGGUUCUCCUGAGCGUCAACACUCAGAACCAGAUCGAGGUCUGGGACAUCGACACCAAGAGGCUGUGUUAUCUGCAUCCCUUUGAGAAGCAAAUAACCGCGUUCACAGUGCUGCAGAAGAGUUUCUACAUAUAUGCAGGAGAUAGUUUUGGAAAUGUGUCCUUGUUCAAGCUUGACUUGGGUCAAAGGUGUCUAGUUGACCUGCCGUAUUGCAUUCCUUUUGCUGAAUCUUAUGGUUCCACGGGAAAUGGCGGUAACGGGGUAGAAAUUGUAUUUGUAUCGCCACAGCCUUUGGCUGAAUCUAACAGGUUGCUCAUUAUAUUCAGAGAUGGUGUCAUGACUUUAUGGGAUAUUAAGGCAAGCAAAGUGGUAUUCGUAUCCGGUAGAACUACGCAACAACAAUCGCACCAGGAGGAGAAAAAUGUGACAUCGUCAUGCUGGGCUUGUUCCAAGGGAAGCAAAGUUGCUAUUGGAUAUGACAGUGGUGAUAUCUACCUUUGGGCUAUUCCUGAUAUUUUCAGUGCAGAAAAUUCCUCAUCUUCGAGUAAUCAGAAUCUACCACUUCAGAGGCUUAACCUUGGAUGCAAGCUAGACAAGGUGCCAAUAAUCUCUUUGAGAUGGGUUCCUACUGAUGGAAAGUCUGGACGUUUGUAUAUUAAUGGAUUCAGCGAACAUGCAUACCUAUACCAGGUCCUGAUUCUGAAUGAAGAGAGUGAAUCUCGAAUAGUAAAGAUGGUAUUGCCCCUCACAGAAGCUUGUCAAGGAAUGGAGUUUGUUACAGGCCUUAGCGACCCAAAUAAGCAAAGACAGACUGUUCUUGUUCUCUUGUUGAAAUCUGGUCAAAUCUGUUUAUACGAUGAUUCAGAAAUUGAGCGCUACCUUCUUCAAUCUCAGUCUAGAUCACCACCAACACUUCCAAGCCACUCAUUUGUGAAACAACCGUAUGGUGAUUCGGGCAUCAAUGUUGCAAAGUUCUACACAAGUGACCGUACAGCAACAGCUAAUGAGGAUUAUUUUUCAACAUUGGCCUCCAAAUAUCCAUGGCUGCUUUCAAUGAAGGAUAAAGGUCAGAUAUCUGCAAGUCUUAGCAACAUCCAUAAAACCAGGAAUCUUUGUAUAACUGGACAUAUGGAUGGAACCAUAAGCUUUUGGGAUGCAUCAUGUCCUCUUCUGCUGCAGAUUUUUAUGAUAAAGCAGCAGCAUGAAGACAAUACAUCAAGUCGAGCCCGUAUUACUUCAUUGCAGUUUGAUAUGUCCUCCAGCAUUCUUAUAUCUGGGGAUCAGGGUGGAACAGUCCGCGUAAUCACAUUCAAAAAGGACUCUAGCGACAAUAUAUUAUCCAUUUUACAAGGAAAGCAAGGGGAUAACUACGAUGCAAGAAGUAUAAAGCUCAAGGGAGCUGUAACCUCAACCUCUAUGAUCUCUAAUUCGAAGCAUUUUGCUGUUGGGACAGAAAAAGGAAUUGUAUCAGUUAUCAAAGUAGAUGAUGCUACUAUAUUGUAUCAAAAACAGCUUGAGUGUCGUGUCUCUGGUGGAAUUGCCUCCUUGCAAUUUGAACUCUACAGCCACAAUGGGUACGAUAAGGAUCUUCUGAUAGUAGGAAUGGAAGAUUCUAAUAUUUGUAUUCUCGAGGAAGAAACUGGAAAACUUUUGAAUGCCAACCCGGUUCAGACAAACAGACCCACAAGAGCCCUUCUGUUGCAGACAUUGGAGUUAUCUCCAAACGAAGCACCAGGAUCUGAUAACCAUGAUACAGCAUUGAAGGAAUCUUUGCUGUUGCUUUGCACAGAAGAUGCAAUCCGCUUAUUUUCCUUGAGCCAUGCGAUUCAGGGAAUGAAGAAGAUAACUAAUAAGAAAAAGUUAAAUGGUAGCUGUUGUUUUGCAUCUGUUAUCCAUGGUGCUUCUUCUGAAAUUGGAAUUGUACUAGUCUUCUCCAACGGAAAAGUAGAAACAAGGUCCCUCCCAGAUUUAUCCUUGUUGAAAGAAGCCUCUUUACGAGGUUUUGUACAUUCAAAAAACUUGAAUUCCUCUAGUUCCAUAACAUGUUCAUCUGAUGGAGAAAUCAUCUUGAUUAAGGGAGAGGAGACAUAUUUUUUCUCUACUCUCUGUCAAGAUGACAUCUACAGGCAUGUAGACAGUAUUAAUAUGGUAUACAGAAAAGACCGCCCUCUCAGGGAAGAAUCUUCCUAUGUGGUUAAGUCUCCCAAAGAAAAGAAAAAGGGCUUAUUUCGGAUGAUUAUGAAAGACACUAAAGGGAGCAAGGCAAACGAGAGUGAUGCAAAUGGCAAUGGACAAUUCAUCGCAACAACAUCUGAAGAACUGGCCUCAAUAUUUUCAUCAGCGAACUUCACUCCACCAUCUGCGAGGAGGAGCAGUUCACUGAAAGAUGAUGAAAAUAUUGAGCUAGACAUAGAUGAUAUCGACAUUGAAGACAACACACAAAAGCAGAAAGGACCGCACUUCGCAGGUCUAAGCAAACAGAAAUUCAGCAAGGGACUCCAGGCUCUUAGAGGAAAACUGAAGCCCAGAACAGAAGAAAAGGUGAAUACAGAAAAUAAGAAGCCUGAAGAUGAACCAUCAGUUAGACAAGUUGACCAGAUAAAGAUGAAGUAUGGAUAUGCAACAAGUGAUGACUCAACCAGUGUUCCAAAAAUGAUUGGAAACAAGCUGCAAGAGAACAUCAAAAAAUUGGAGGGCAUUAAUCUUCGGUCCGCAGACAUGGCUCAUGGUGCUCAAUCCUUCUCGUCAAUGGCGAAAGAGCUGCUCCGAACCACGAAAAACGAGAAGAGCUCAUCAUAGCAAUGACAGCUAUAUCUAGUUCCUUUUCCUCUAGUUGUAAAGCUCCCUUUCUUUAUGUUUGUUCGAGAUGGCCAACUGCACCAUGGGGUCAGCUGUAGAUAGUCUUCUUCACUUCUCUUUGCACUCGCUAAGGUUCUUGACAGGUUACCGCCAUGUUCAAGUUCACCUCACGUGUGUGGAACAUUAUGUAGCCCCGCCUUAAAAUGAUUUUGUUGUAGAUAGCAUACAGAGGGUACCUUACACUAUCAAUUGUUUCAUUGCACAAAUUUACAUACAUGGGCAAACUUAAUAUGUUUGAAUC